CACAAUUUGGAUUAUGAUUCCCACCAUAGCUGGACCAGAAUAAUCAAUUCUUAGCUAACAUACCACGCUGCAUCCCAUUCUAUUUCUAACUGUCGUGAAACUUCAAUAUUGCAACUCCUCCAAUCCGCUUACGUAACACAACCAUUUCUGCGAUGCCAUUACAAGAACCGACACCGCCAGCCAUGAAAGUGGAACCAGUCAGAUCCAAAGCCUUUUUGGACAUCACCAUCGACGACAAAGAUGUGGGAAGAAUCGUGCUCGAACUAUUCGAUGAUUUGGCUCCAAAACUGACCCAGAACUUCUUGAACUUAUGCAAGGGCAUCGAAGCCAAUGGCAAGGUAUUGUCCUACAAAGACACCGUUUUCCAUCGUGUGCUCAAGAACUUCGUCAUCCAGGCAGGUGACUUGAAGUACGGCCAGACCCCCAAAGCUGAAUAUCCUCACGCAGACGUGGGCAAGGGAAAUGUGUCCUCGUUCAAUGAGGAAGGGCUCUUUGAGGACGAGAACUUGCUGGAGCCUUUAGACGGGCCCUUCAAGCUCUGCAUGGCCAACGAUGGCCAGAAGGACUCCAACGGGUCGCAAUUCUUCAUCACCACGUAUCCACAGCCCCAUUUGAACGGCAAGCACUCGAUUUUCGGAACAGUGUUGCAUGGCAAGUCUGUCGUCAGAGAGGUGGAAAGAGUGGAUACAAGCAAGGACAACGUACCAGUUCCAUCCAGCAUUGUUCGUAUCAAGAACUGUGGCGAAUGGACUGAAGGAAUGGAGGUGCCUAUAUUUAAUGCCAGUUACAACCAGAUCGGAGGAGAUAUCUACGAGGAGUAUCCCGAAGACGAUGGCACCAUAGACAAGGACUCAUCUGAGUCAGUGUUCAUCGCUUCCAGCAUCAUAAAGGAAAGCGGAGGCCUCUUAUUCAAGGCUGCAGACUUUCAACUGGCGUUGUUCAAGUACAAGAAAUGUCUUCGGUACGUCAUGGAGUACAUUCCCGACCAAGACCAGGAGCCUGAGUGGUAUUCCAAGUAUUAUGACUUGAAGAAAAAGCUCUACUUGAACUUGGCGUUGGUGUGUGCCAAAUUGGGUGAUUUCCAGAAGUCCCACGAUUAUUCGGUGUAUUUAUUGGAGUCCGACAAUUUGAGUGCAUCUGAGAAAGCCAAGGGACACUUCAGAAAAGGGUGCUCUCUCAUGGAAUUGAGGAAGUACGAACUAGCAUUAAAGGACCUCACUGUUGCACACGAGCUCUUGCCAAAUGACAAGGUGAUCGAGAACAGCAUGCAAAAAUGUACCGAAUUGGCUGAAGGAAAGAAGAAGGCCGAGAAGGCCAAGUAUGCGAAAUUCUUCAAAUGAGGAGAUGAACAAGAAAGGUUUAAGGUAGAAAAUUUAUACUAGUCUUGCCAACUAAUUGAUAUUAUUGAACAUCUAUUCGAAGCAAGGAAUUGGCCUGUAGUAGAAUGAGCAAAUACUACAUGAUUGAGGGUAUAUUUGCGAGUUUUCGGUACCAGAAUAAUGAAAUAAAUAUACGAU